AUGUUCGCUUUGGACGUUCACGGGUUCGCCGUUUUCGUUGCUCGGAGGUCUCAACUUUUAACGACAGUCAGACAUUUUACAACUAGCUACCAGCUCAGCGGAAAGGCUCGAACGUACGAAAGCAAGCCUGUUCCUGGUUCUCUUGAUCACCUUGAUCCACUUGCUUGGGCUCAGAGGCUUUUUGAUUUACACGAAGCACGGAAGGCCUACACUUACUCAAAUGAGCCGUCACCGCUGUUCAUGAUAUGCAGGAUCAAACCAAUUAAAGGGACAACAUUCUUUGAGCGCGCAUUUCUUGAGAAAUAUGGAAUCGGACCCAAAACUAAAGUAAGCGUAGCUAUGCCUUGUAUUGCACCUCAGCAACAUCAAUGGAAGGUUGUCAAAAAUGCUCCACAAACUGUGAAGGAGAUGGAUCAUAUCAAGCACUUGGUCAGGAUCCAGCCGGUCUCUUUUCUUGAUGGCCUCCCUUUAUCUGAAGACGAUCUAGUUAACUUCCGGUUAUUACCGAACGGCGUCUUCGUGCGCCGUGGAAAUUCACCGUUCCGUUCUGGAAAAUCAUUGGAUCUUGCCGAGUUUGAGAUAAUUAAACAUCCAUGUGUCAGUGAGGAUAAAAUUCCUGAGGUAAAUGAAAACUCUCUAUAUUUGACGCGUAGUUACUUGAAAAGUUGGCACAAUCAGCGGUGGCAACAUCACAAACUUCUUUCUGAAUUUUUUACUGCCAAGUACAAAUAUCGACUUAAUCAAGAUGGGCAGGAAUACCGAUACAGUGGUUUAUGGCGAUUGGAUGAUGCGAUGCGACAGUCGUUGAGCCAACGCAAAAGCCUGGACGGCACUUACAAGGCUCGGAACAAUUCUCGUUUUGAAGCUGACUGGGGUACAUAUCCAUGGUCGUUCUACUAA